CCCAGUUCUGUGUGCCCCUUUUCUUGGGACACAGCCCUUUUUCAGUAUUCUGAGCUCAGCCCACUCCAACAGCCUCUGGUUUUAUGUUUGUUUUUUUUCCCAUCAGCUCUGCCCUCUCUCUGCUCAGAAAAACCUCUGUGUUCCUUUCCUGCUUGCUCCAGGUUUAUCUGUGCUCAUAGCUUGUAUUCAGUUGUCCAAAUUUUUAAAUUAAAACUGCAAUUGUAGCUUGGUUGAGCUAUAUUCCUGUGCUCCCAGCAGGGACUGCUGCUUUUCCCCACAUGUUCCAAAUCAGCUUGCCAUGCCAGUGGGGGAUGGGUGCCAGUUCUGCAGUUUGGGGAGCUUUACUUACAGUUCUAUGCUGCAAUCUCAGCUGUUCCACUCAUUCCAGACUGGUUUACAAUGUUGUCCAGUCAUAGAAAACCCCCUAAUGUUUGUUCUAGAUUAUUUACUAGCUGUUUCUGGCUAUUUGCUAGGUGUUCUAGGGGACUAAGUAAAUACCACACCUCUCUAUGCUGCCAUCUUGCCCCACCUCUGUGUAUAUGUGUGUUUUAAGAGAAUUUUUACCAUUGUUUUUCAGAUUCACUUAUAUCACUUACGUAAAGUGCUCUUUAAGAAGAAAAAACAUUUGACGUUAUUUCAAUUUAAAAACGAACAAACAAAUAAAAACUUGUAUGGCAACUAGUAUAAUCAGGAAAUGCCUAGUAACCCCUGAAAAUCAUUCCUAGCUAUUUUAUGAACCAGAAGCCUUACAGGAAAGGACUAGGAGUUUUGAUAAAAUCUGGAUAUUGGUUAAGCUAAUUCUGAUGCUGUGUUUCUUACGUUUGGAAGCAUUGGCUAUCUUCCAUUGGGUGAGCAGCAGUAUCUUAGUGAAAUACUAUCAUUUUAGAUUUGUAUAGGUCCUUUGUGAUCUCCAAGAAUUAUUUAACAGUGAUAUGAAACCUCUAUGCUGAGUAAAGAGCAUCUAUUAGAAAUGAUUUGUCAGUCAGGUGGCUUAGGCAAUUAGAGCUCUAAUGCAUGGCAACAUGUUAGAACCACAAGCCUUUUGGGGAUGGAGGCAACCAUAGAGAUCACCUAAUCUAGCCUCCUCUUUGUAUAGAUUAAGAAACUGUGGCCUAAAGAGGGGAGGUGACUUGUCCAGGCCACACAGCUGGUAAGUGAUAGAGCCAUGAUUAGGGCCUAGGUCUUCUAAAUUCAGUUCUUUGAAUCUCAGAGCUUCCUAACAGUGUCCACAAUCAUCAAGGAUAUUAGCUGCAUACUUGGAAAUUUCACCUGACAUUUUAAGUCUCAGUGAUUUGUCUUAAACAUCAUUAUGCAUUGAAGUUUACUACCAUAGCAUUUUUAUUCUCCUUGAACUGAAAUAACACUCCAGAAGUAUGUGCAAUGUUUAAGGUAUGGCUUGUUGGGCCUCUUGGCACAGUGCCAUAUGCCUUUAACCUUUUUUCCACAUGGUGACACAGAAGCAAACACUCUUAAUGGCAGGUCAUUUGAAGGGUCUCCAAGGAGGUAUAUUUUCUUUGUUACCAUUAUUGAUUGAAUGUAAUUUUAGUUCUACUUUAUGCCUUAUCCUUGCUGCUAUGUGAGUGUGUAAAGAAUUUCUUUUGCACUAAACAUUUAUAAAGAUAGUACCUGAUUAACAGACAAGAUUGUAUUUAAUGUGAGUUUAUCUUCUUAUUCUCUAGAUGGAUAGCUGUCAGCCACCACAAAUGAAAACAAAUCAAAGAGAUGCAGAGCACUUAUGCUUUUGCAUGAUUUCAUGGAAGGCCCUAAUUGAGCUCUCAAGGAAAAAUCAUUAUCGACAUCAUUCACUUCCUGUGGGGAGAAAACAAGUAUGAGAGGUGAUCAAGCCCAGAAGGCCACAACAGAAAGAAUCACUGCAACUUUGAGUGCCAAAUGGAUGUUAUAGAUUUUGGAGGAGGGAGAGAGUUCUGAGGGCUAAGAUUAUCCCAGAAAGUUUCAGAGAAGAUACGGAACUUGAGGAAGGAUUUGACAAACCUGAUGUUUAGCAGACUUGCAAUGCCCUAAACUCAAAUGGAAGAUUUUUUCUGGCAGUGCAUUCAGCCCUCCAGGAAGAGUGGAUUAUUUUACUUGGAGCACAAUUCAAGGGAAGUAUUAAGAAGCAACAUUUUUUUUCUAAUGUAAAAAUUAAAUAAAUAAAAGAAGAAACUUACUGAUGUCCUCUCUGCUGUAUUUCAUGUACCUUAGGAUGUUGGUAGAAAGACAUCAAACCAUGAUUGUUUCACAAAGCUCAUUUAGUUUCAACAAAAAUUUCAAGUCAGUAUGGUCACUUAGUGAUCUCUUUCUGUAUAUUUGAACUACCCACUUGAUGUGCUUUUUAAGUUUGGAAUAAGAGAAUAAAGAAAAGGAGUCCCACCAACUGUUGCAUAAUUUUUUAUUGAAUUAUGCUUAGAGCCUUUUAGCAUGAGGAAUGCUGGCUUUGGCAAACUAACAGAAGAUAUCUCUUAUGGGAUGCCUCUCUGUUUUUGUUUUGGAAGAACUUUGAACAAUUAAUCACAGCAUUAUUUACAGUUAUAAAAUGUUGGAAACAACCUAAAGUUCAACAAAAAUGAAACAGAUCAUUUGCAGUACACAUGCUUGACAGUAUAAUAUACAGCAUGAAAAUAACCAUGCUGCCAAUAUGGCAACAUUAAGAAAUGCUUGUUUUAUAAGUGUGAAAAACUGAUGCUAGGUUUUAAGUUAUGUAAUAUGAAAAUGGACAUAUAAGCACCUUAAAAAGGGCAGGAAGAUUAUAAAUGAUUAAACAAAUGAUUUCCUUUAUUGCUGUUUGUAUUCCAAAUAGUUGCUCAAGGGAAAAUGUAAUUGAAAUCUGCAUGAUCAGGACACCUACAUAAUAUAAAUAUGCUCAAGUCUCUCUGCCAUCAUAAAAAGAAAGCCCCUUCCUUUUCAUUCUACUGCAAAUAUUACAUAACUCUUCUCUUCUCUCAUCAGCUAAGCUUCUUCAAAGAACUGUCUCCAGUAGCAUUUUUUACUUUCUCGUUUUGUAUUUUCUGCCUAAUCUAUUUAAAUCUGUCUUUCACCCAGGUCACUUCUUUGAAAUUGUUCACACCAAGGUUGUUGAAUUUUAUGUGAGGGAAAUGUCCCUGAAGACCCUGCAAAUGCAAGACUGUCUUUCAGAAUAAAUGUGACAUGUAUGUGACAGAGUGCAUUCUUGGCAGAUGGAGGGCUUCAUAAAUGAUGGAUGGAAGCUCUGUAUCUUUCCCUCUGUUUCCACUUGAUUCUCCAACAAUGAAGCUCGGCUGAGAGUGUGUCAGGAUUGGAACCUCUUCACCAGAAUCUAUUCGGCACUCCAGCAGUGCUUGAAAGUUGUCAGAAGUAAACAGACCUUCCGGGAGUUCAUCAGCCUCAUGCUCAUCCAGAGGAAGAAGCUGAGUCUAAAUAAAUAAGUUCAAUUACAUUCACAUAGACUCUCUGGCCUGAGUCCAAUUUAGAGCCUGUCUCCAGCUCCAGGGCUCCCUGUCUGCAGCUGAAUUGUGAGAAGAGGAAAUAAAUUCAAAUCACAGAGCAGAUGUGUUUCAGUGCUGCUCAGAGACUAGGAGAGAAGAGGAGGCUCGUCACGGAUGCCCUCAGCAUUUUCAGUCCCGCUGACAUCUUUUUAUACCUUUAAGAACGGAAUAGUAUGCAAGUGCUUAGUUGGAGUCAGCAUUACCAUUCCUGUUUCAGUGAGAAAAAACUGAGGCUGGAGGAGCUCAGAUUUGCUUAAGUUCACUCACCUCAAAAACAAGGACAUGCAGGACUCAAACCCACAUCUUUGUUCCUCCUGAUAUUUUUUUCUCAGCUGCCUUUCCUCGAUGCUCUCUACAGUGUGGGGUGGUGGCGGGAGACCUGUGUUCAGCUGGGCCUGUCACUGACUGCAUUAUCUCCCACAGAUACUUAACUUUUUUGGCACUCGGUUUUCAAGCGCGCAAAACAGGCACAAUAAAGCCCACAUGUCACAGGAUCACAGGUGAGAAGAGCCCUUUGGAAACUGUAAAUUGCUGUACAAAUAAGCGCUGCAACAGGCAUGAACACGCAACUCCCCUAGUUUCCAGUCCGGAGAGUCGCUCCUGUCUCCACCCCUCUCCAAAGCAGCCGCAGCGUAGGGCAGGAAGGAGAAUUAACCCCUGGGCGCCUCUCUGGGGCGUUUCUACGCGCCGACGGGGAGGAGUUCAGCCUCGGCCCCCGCCCCGCCGCCGCCUUUCGCGGGCACGCACCCUUGCGCUGCGGGAGUCUUUCUUCCGCGCCGAGCCUCGGCUGUGCUUCCCCGCCCCGGCACUGCAGGGCGGGCGGGCAGCCAGGAUGCAGGCCCCGCACAAGGAGCACCUGUACAAACUGCUGGUGAUCGGCGACCUGGGCGUGGGCAAGACCAGCAUCAUCAAGCGCUACGUGCACCAGAACUUUUCCUCGCACUACCGGGCCACCAUCGGCGUGGACUUCGCGCUCAAGGUGCUCCACUGGGACCCGGAGACCGUGGUGCGCCUGCAACUCUGGGACAUUGCAGGUCAAGAAAGAUUUGGAAACAUGACAAGGGUCUAUUACCGAGAAGCUAUGGGUGCAUUUAUUGUCUUUGAUGUCACCAGGCCAGCCACAUUUGAAGCAGUGACAAAGUGGAAAAAUGAUCUGGACUCAAAGUUAACUCUUCCUAACGGCAAGCCAGUUUCAGCCGUUCUGUUGGCCAACAAAUGUGACCAGGGGAAAGAUGUGCUUAUCAACAACGGCCUCAAAAUGGACCAGUUCUGCAAGGAGCACGGUUUUGUAGGAUGGUUUGAAACAUCAGCAAAGGAAAAUAUAAACAUUGACGAAGCCUCCAGAUGCCUGGUGAAACACAUACUUGCAAACGAGUGUGACCUAAUGGAGUCUAUUGAGCCGGACAUUGUGAAGCCCCAUCUCACGUCGCCCAAGGUUGCCAGCUGCUCCAGCUGCCCCAAAUCCUAGAGGGCUGCUUUGUUAGUAAAUGGUGGAAACGAUCUCAUCAUCCCUUGCGUCGUGCUCAAUUUUUACCAUUUCAGGUAAAUGUCAGGAUAGGGAUAUACCAGUGACGUGGCAGAGAUCCGUGCCUGUAUCUUUCCUAAAAGAGAAAUAGCAAUGUUCUUUUGUGUUUUUUCCUACCAUCGGAACAGUGUUUACAGGCUUUUUAAAUAUUUAGUCUGUUACAAAAUUCUGUCUUGUAGCUGAACAAUAUUUCUGUGCCAGAGCCAGCACAGUAUUUCCUUCUUUAAAUCAGUGGAGGCCUUAGGCCUUAAAGAGAAGCGGGAGAACAGGCUAGCUGUCAAGUUAAGCAUUGGCUUUCGCCUUGCCCGUGGUGCCUUUGUCCAGAUUUCAGUACGUUCUCUGAUGUUCGAACAGGCUUUUAAAUAGAAACAGUGUCUGUUCCCGAGAUGACCUCCAUUCUCAGCGGACCUAGGAGUUGUCUCUGAUUUAGGCUUCAUGGUCAUGUACACAGACUUCCUGUGCUUUUGUUCCUCCAUGGUCACUUGCCAUGCCCUGAAGGCCGAUUUACUGAAAACUGGAUGCAAAUACCCGCCCCCCAUAUGUAUGUGCCUUUUCGUUAGCUUCCUAUGACUCAAGCAGUGGGACACUUCUUAUACUUGUAUUAUAUUAUAUAUGUAUUUUCACAAGUGAAAAAUAAAACAUUCAAAG